AUGUCGACAUCUAUGUCCUCCACCAACAAGAUCUCAGAUGACAGGUCGAGUCCAACGCCAACUACGGACGCUACACCAAGCGAACGCCCAGGGUCACAGGAGACUUCACAGCAGCCCACAUCAAACACGCAGAACCUGGACGAGACGGAUGAGCCCAGACAGGCAACGCAAGGAAAAGGUCUCGAAGCAGUUCAACACAUCCUUGCACUCCAACAUGACCGCAUUGUCGCCAUGAGCGGUCGACUUGAGGAACUCGAGAACACGAUCCAGUACAUCUACAAGAACACCAGCACCAAUGCCAUCCUUCAAGAGCGCCAUGACGUGAGGGUGGCGGCCCUUCGAGCGGACUCUACCAGAGCCACCACCGACAACAUGAUCCAACGACACACCCACACCCUACGCCAAAUCAACCAGAAGAUCGCGGAGAUCCAGAGAGAACAAAACACACAAACACAACGAAUCAUCGACGUGGAGAGCAGAUUGGAUGCGAUCACCUAUACCAUGGAGGCCAUGAAAGACAAGCUCCAACAACACUCCACACAACAACGCGAAGAUCCCCACACCAGCAAGUCCUUCCUCGUCGACAGCAUCGAGUACGCCCGCGUCCGCAUCGACAAAGUUGAAGACCAGCUCCAGAAACACGGACAAACCAUCACCUACAUGUACAAUUACUUCAAGCCUGGAACCAGAACGUCCACCAGCUCGGAUGCAACACCUGUGGGACAAUACCGCUCCAAGUCAAGAACUCCCUACGACCCCAAUCCGAGCAGACCAAAUCCCACAUCAUCUAGUUCGGCUACACAGUGA